AUGGCUACUAUAAUAGUUCCAGUCCUCUGGGUCCUGUUAAGCUUCUUUGCAUAUCAUGUUAACAGUACGCCGUAUGCAAAGCGACCUCGCCAAUCUACGGGAUGUACCGCAGACUAUUUUAAUCGGAUUGUCCCUUCUGGUAUCUCGAUCGAGAGCGUCAAAGAUGUCACGAGCGGAACUUAUACGGAGCGGGGAAAUCUGGGCUAUCCUACGUUUGCGUCUGGACUUCCGUCGCUCUGCGCGGUUAUAGUCAAAAACGAGACGGCAAAUUACCGCUUCGGAAUGUUCCUUCCAGACACCUGGAAUUCGAAACUCCUCGUCAUUGGGAGUUAUGCGUUCCUCGGCGGCAUUAACUGGCUCGACAUGGGAGCCGGAGUGCAAUAUGGCAUGGCUACUCUUGCUACCGACACUGGACAUAACUCGGGUCCAGGAGAUAUGACAUGGCCAACUACUCAACAGCUUCGAGUCAACUGGGCUUACCAGGCAAUGGAGGGUUCUAUAACCCUAGGCAAAACACUCAUUCAAGCAUACUACAACGACAAACAGAUCGCGUAUUCGUAUUAUAGCGGAUGCUCGACCGGAGGUAGACAAGGCCUCAAACAAAUCCAAAGAGACCCUGAAAUGUUUGAUGGAGCCUUGAUUGGGGCACCAGCAUGGGAUACCAAGAAUUUGAUGCCUUGGAUUUCUAGGUUAGCGAUGUGGAAUCUCCCGGAAGAUGCCGACGGUAGCAUUAGUGACCAGAGCCUCUUUUCGCGGCUCCAAGCAGAGGUAUUGAAGCAGUGCGACCCUCUGGAUGGCGUGCAAGAUGGGAUUGUUAGUUCGCUCUCGGCAUGCAGAGAACAGUUUGAUAUUGCCCGGAUUAGCUGCGAUGUAUCGACGGAUAAGAAGGGCUGUUGGACUCGGGCACAGAUAGAAACGGCGCAGAAGAUGUACAGCGACUACAUCAUCGAGAGCGGAGAGCUCGUUUACAAAGGGCUAGACUACAGUUCCGAGGCGGAAUGGGGGACGUUCCUGAUGCCGGCCAACCCAAAUGACUCUAAUAACGUCAGAAGGGGCUUCGAUGCGCAGUACGAGCGAACGUUCAUGAACUAUGGGAAUGACUGGCAGAUCACUUCAUAUAACGACAGCGUCGUAGAUGAUGCUAGAGCUCGUGAUAAGAAAUCGGUGCAAGCCUCUGCAGAUCAAUUCGACCUCGGCAGCUUUCGAGGCAAAGGUAAAAUCAUCAUGUACGGGGGGCUCGCAGAUGCCACCGUGCCAGUGCAACACACUACUCUGUACUACGACCGGACGGUAGAAGCUAUGGGAAGCGUUGACGAUUUCUUCCGAUACUUCCAGAUUCCAGGCAUGGGGCACUGCUGGGCUGCCCCGGGUAGUCCUAAUUUCAACGUUCCGUGGAUGAUCGCCGGCGCAGGCCAGGCAGCGCAGGUACCACCUUACAAUGCUGGAUCUUCGGUCCCCGGCUACAAGGACAAGGAGCAUGACGCCUUGCUGGCGUUGAUGGACUGGGUCGAGAACGGCAAUGCGGUGUCCCAAAUCAUCGCGACGGGAUUCAACUUCUCGGAUUCAAAUAUGCAGGCGGUAGUGAUGCAUAGACAGCGUCCUCUUUGCGCGUUUCCACGAACAGCGAAAUACGACGGCCAAGGUCUUCAGAACGAUGCUUCUAGUUGGCGGUGCACAUGA